AACACAAAAAAAAAAAAACGCACAAGAAGCAACAAAGAAUCACAUUCAUGGCUUUCACCCAUCACUGCAGCUAUUUCGAGCUUAAUAACGACCCACGCAACCAGCUGCAACCACAAAACAACAAGCUUUAUUAGAGAGGUGCCCAAGUUUUUCUUUCUCUUUCUCUUUCUCUAUUAAUUAUUGUUUCCCCCAACACCAUGGGAUUGUUUUAGUGUUUCCAUCAGCAAUUUAUAUUUACAAUACCCCACCAAAAAUCCAGAGCUUCUUCUUCCAAUCCAAAACCAAAAACAAAAACUCAUCUUUCCCUCCACCCUCUUAUGUCCCAGCCUAAUUUCCAGGCCUUGGUUGUGGAUUUGUGAAACCAAGCCCCAUUGCCGCGUUUUCUUUUGUGGGGUGGUGUUGUGGAGGCAAAAGGUUCAAACUUUGAAUAAAGCUGGAGUCUUUUGUGUGGGUGGUUUCGUGGGUUCUUGUUGUUGUUGUUGCCAGGUUUGUUAAAUGAAGGCGAUGCCCUUUCCUUCUGAGGAAUUUCAAGGGAAGGGAGUGUUGGAUUUCUCUUCUUCUUAUUGUUCUGCAACAGAUCUGUUCUCACUGCUUCACCAUCAACAGCAACUUGUUAAUAAUCAUAGUAUCCAUCAGCCACCACCACCAUCACAAGAAGGAAAGUGGAGGAGAAGGGAAGAAGAAGAAGAAGAAGUAGAAGAAGAGAAUAAAGGCUAUGUGGGUUGCACUGAGCCCACAUCUGUUCUUGACUCAAGAAGAAGCCAAAGCCCUCCUUCAUCCACCUGCACAAUGUCCUCUUCUCUUGGUAGCAGCAACAACAGCACAAGCAAAGGUAGUGCUGCUGGUGGUGGCUGCUCAGCCUCUGCUGCAGCACUAACCUCAGAGAAUCCUCCUCCUCCUCCAGAAGGAUCCAUGGAGAAAUGUGGUGGGGCAAGAAUGAUGGAUGACUGGGAGGGUCAAGAUCAGUCCAUUCUGAGGCUAAUCAUGGGUGAUGUUGAGGACCCUUCUGCUGGUUUGACCAAGCUCUUGCAAACUGGCUCUCGUAAUGUUGAUUUCGGUUCUUCAGGGUUUGGUGUUGUGGAGCAAGGAGGAUUGGUUAUGGACCCUUCUAUGCCUGGGAAUUACCCUGCUUUCCCAUUCCUUGGGGCUGAGAAUAUCGAGAGUCACAAUGCAAAGAAUGGUUGUGGUGUUUCUGAACCCAUGUUUGCUUCCGGUAACAAUCCUAUGUUGGUGUCCGCGGCUCCGACUUCGGGUGUGUUUGGCUUUCAGCAGCCUGUGUUUGGAACCGUGGAUGAGAAGCCUCAGGUUAUCAACCCUCAGUUUAUGAUGAAUCAUAAUCAAGUUCAGUUUUCAGAGAAUCCUUCAUUCUUUGUGCCAUUGACAUACCCCCAAAUGCAAGAGCAGCAUAUUGUUUACUCUCAGCAACCGGCGAAGCGUGCGGCGGUCGGGCACAAUUAUCAGGUGCCGAGAUUACCCCUUUUGGAUUCGGGGCAGGAGCAAUUCGCCAGGAGGCAGCAACAGGUGCAGCUUCCAUUGUUUCCUCAUCAUCUGCAGCAUCAGCAGAAGGUGAGUUCAGCCGGAGACGAGGCAAGCAACCAGCUUCAGCAGACUAUGUUUGAUCAGCUAUACAAGACUGCUGAGCUGAUAGAAGCUGGUAAUCCGGUUCUUGCGCAAGGGAUAUUGGCGCGGCUCAAUCACCAGCUCUCCCCCGUUGGCAAGCCUUUUCAGAGGGCUGCUCUCUACAUGAAGGAGGCAUUGCAACUACUGCUCCAUUCAAACAUUCCCAAUUUCAUGCCUUUCUCGCCCAUCGGCUUCAUAUUCAAGAUUGGAGCUUACAAAUCAUUCUCAGAGAUCUCACCUGUUCUCCAGUUUGCAAACUUCACUUCCAAUCAAGUCCUCAUUGAAGCUGUAGAACGUUUCGAUCGAAUUCACAUUAUUGACUUUGAUAUUGGGUUUGGAGUGCAGUGGUCUUCCUUUAUGCAAGAGCUUGCCUUGAGAAAUAGCAAUGCAUCUUCUCUUAAAGUUACUGCCAUAGUUUCGCCUUCGAAUUGUGACGAGGUUGAGCUGAAUUUCACAAGAGAGAAUUUAAGUCAGUAUGCAAAAGACAUCAACUUAUCAUUCGAGCUCAAUAUCUUGAACAUUGAAUCAUUGAGCUCCUCUUCCUUUCCACUGGCAAGUCAGUUCUUCGAUAGCGAGGCAGUUGCUGUAAAUAUGCCGCUUUCUUGUUUCACUCAUCAUCCGUCGCUGGUUCCAUCGGUCCUUCAUUUUGUCAAGCAGCUUAGGCCAAAAGUGGUGGUUACUUUGGACCGGAAUUGUGACCGAAUCGAUGUGCCACUUCCAACCAAAGUAGUCCAUGUUCUUCAAUAUUACUCAGCCUUGCUCGAAUCGCUUGACGCCGUGAAUGUGAACCUCGACGUCCUCCAAAAGAUCGAGAAGCAUUUCAUCCAACCAUCCAUUAGGAAUGUGAUCACAGGUCACCACCAUUACCAUUCACAAGAGAAGCUACCUCAUUGGAGGAACCUCUUUGUUCAAUCUGGAUUCUCAUCAUUCACAUUCAGUAACUUCACAGAAGCUCAAGCAGAAUGUCUGGUGCAGCGUGCGCCGGUGCGAGGGUUUCAGGUCGAGAGAAACCAUUCCUCUCUUGUUCUAUGCUGGCAGCGAAAAGACCUGGUCUCCAUUUCGAGUUGGAGAUGCUAAACCAUGCAACAACAAAAGCACUUAAUUAACCACAUGAUUCUUGAAGGUGCUUCAGAACUUACUACUGCAAUUUAUGUAAUUGUUUGUGUAAUUUAAUCUAGGAUUAUUGAUCAAUCAUGCCCAUAUGUUUUCUUAACUAAGAUGGGUUCAUUCUACUGUUUUUAUUACUAGUAUGUCUCUUUAAUUGUGGGUAUUAUUAUUAAUUAAUCAUGACUUUCCCA